UUAUUUUUGAAUAAUAAUAAUUAUAAUAUAAGUGUUCAAUGUUCAUAUACAUUAUAUCUUAGUAAUACUAUUAUAAUAAGCUAAAUAAUAUUUAACUAAGUACAAUGGUUGUUUUAAUUGUAACUGUAAUUAGUGUAAUUAUAACUGUAACAGUGAUUUCUCCGGCGGACACUGCAAACAUCUUGGCUGUAUUCCCUCAUGAAGGUUUUAGUCAUCAUUUGGUUUACUUGCCAUACAUCCAAGAACUUGCAAACCGAAAACACAACAUCACUUUUAUCAGUAACUAUCCAAUAGAACAUCCGAAUAUAAAUAAUUUAUCAAUCAGAGGAUCAAUUCCUCUUCGCAAUAACAAAGAAAAUAUCAGCAGUUUCGAAAACAAAUCAAUGAAUGAAAUAAUGCAAUCUAUAAAUAUUAUUUGGAUGUUUAAUAAACGCGGAAAAGUACAUGAAGCUAUGUUUACGGUAGACAGUGUUAUGACAUUAUUGAACAAUCCUUCUAAAUUUGAUUUACUCAUUACAGAACAUUUUAAUAACGAAUUAUUUAUGGCUUUUGCAUUUAAGUUCAAUAUACCUUUUAUACUUCUAAGUAGUUGCAACUUAUUGCCCUGGAAUCAGCAUGCGGUCGGACAGCCAUAUUCGUUAGCCAAUAUACCUAUAACAUUGACCAGCCUAUCUAUAAAAAUGAACUUUUAUGAAAGAGUUAUAAACAUAAUUUCUCAAGCAAUACAAUUAUUUGGUUUUAAACUAUUGUGUAGGGCUAGAGACGAAGCAACCAUCAAACGAAAUCUUGACAUAGACGUUUCAUUAGACCAAAUGAUUUUGAACGCUAGUUUGAUUAUGGUUAAUACUCAUUUCACAAUGUUUACAUCUAAACCGUUAGUGCCAGCUGUUGUAGAAAUCGGUGGGAUACAUAUAAUGCCAAUCAAACCUUUACCUGCAGACAUUCAGAAAUAUAUUGACGAAGCUGAGAAUGGAGUUAUUUAUUUCUGCAUGGGCAGUUUAUUACGAGGUGAAACUUUUUCUGCCGAAAAAAGACAAAUGUUCUUGAAUGUUUUCAAUAAAAUUCCACAACGAAUUCUGUGGAAAUGGGAAGGAGAACUACCAGGAAAACCGUCCAACGUGAUGAUUCGCAAAUGGAUGCCUCAAAGAGAUAUUUUAGCCCAUCCUAAUGUUAAGCUAUUUAUAUCUCAUGGUGGCCUAUUGGGAACUACCGAAGCUGUAUAUGAAGGCGUUCCAAUUUUAUCAAUGCCUAUGUUUGGUGAUCAAAUAACAAACAUCAAAACUCUUAUAAAUAAAGGAAGUGUAGAGAUGAUGAAUUACAAUGAUUUGAAUGAAGAUGAAAUUUUUAUUAAAAUUACAUCGAUGCUCACAAAUCCUAAAUACAGACUAAAGGCUAAAGAAUUAUCAGAAGCUUUCCGUGACAGGCCUAUGUCUCCUUUGGAAACUGCAGUGUAUUGGACAGAGUAUGUUAUUCGACACAAAGGGGCACCGCAUCUUCGGUCUGCCGCUGUUGGUAUGCCAUGGUUCCAAUAUUACUUAAUCGAUGUAUUCAUCGUAAUUUUCUUAUCUGUAACAACAUUUUUUGUACUACUUUACUGUUUAGUUUUUAAAGUUCUAUUAAGAUUGUUAAAUAGAAAAUCUAAAGAGAAAAAAUCUUAAUAAUUGAGUGAAUUUGAUUUAUAUGCUUAAUAAAAAAAAUACUUAACUGGU